AUGGCCCUUCAGACGCCACCAAUUCUCGGCUCCUCGUAUAACAAUGGCGGCGCCGGGGGUGCCAUCACGCCCCCACCUGACCCGGCGAACAACAGGUCUUCAGGGGUUAAACAGAUCUCCCCACAGCAAACACCACCCCGACAACCUACCCUGCCUCAGCAGCACCCAAGAAUUGCGCCGGCACCUGCUCCUACUUUCGUGAACGUUGCCAACCUGGCCGGAGUUCCCUUAAACAUGAAUCUCGCACAAUGUUGUCCAGUUACAUUGCAGCAACAACAGCAAUUUAUUAUCAACGAUAAUAGCAAUGGCAUCGGUAACCCAAAGUUGGUACCUCAACCACAGAGUAAGAAUCUCAAUCAUCAUCCUUGUGUCACGAAUUCUUCUCAUCCUGCUACCACCGCCACGAGCAACAACACGGCUGCCGCCUCCAACCUUACCAGCCGUCCCUUGAUGCAACCGACAACAUCUGAAAGACCCGAGUCCAUCGUAUUCUUGUUUCAGAUCCCUAAUGAUGCCAAGAUAUACCUCGUCAAAUGUGUCGAGGUUUCACAAAUUCUGGACAUUGAUGUUCGCGGGCAUUCCGCUAAACAACCCCAACAAAACAUCCGGCAUCAUUUAGAGCAACAUCUCACUCAACGCUUUCAACCUUCUCAUCAGCCUCACCCUCAUCCUCCGACACACUUGCAAUCUCAACAACAACAACAAUUUUCGCAACCGCAACAAAACCCUUACCAACUGCAACAAAUUCUUCAACUCCAUGCCCAACAACAGCAGCUCAGGCAUCACCCGUAUCAACAACGCCUCUCUCCCAAAUCCUCCUUGCAUAUCGGAAAGAAUAUCAAAACUUCAGGUUCUUCCAUCGCCUGCAACGACAAUGGUACCUCCGCCUCCCUCCAGAACCUCGCCGAAAGUGGCAAUGGCAACGAAAACAACAACAACAUCAUAGAUCAAACGGCCGAUCUGCAACAACUCUCCGUCGAGAUGAACCAGAACACCGGUAACUUCGACAUCAUGCUGCCGAUGACCGCGGGUACAGCCCCCGGUGCAUACAUGGUCACACCAUCAGCCACUCCGACAAUGAGAAAUGAUCAGCUGAUCCCGGAUUUUAACGUUGCCACAAACUACUUGGUACAACAGCAGAUGCUCGCAAACGCGCAACCGCAAAAUAUGUUCAACGGAUUUGACAAAAAUGGAGAGGCGAACUGA